GCAAUGUCAAAUGAAGAGCGGUUGGCAUUGACCCAGGAGGUGGGUCCAGCCUUUGGGCUGUCAGUGGCAAUUGUCGCCCUGUGCUACUGGUCUAUCACCCUACCAAUUCUGUUGAAUGCCUACCAUGAUAGCACCGGCCAAUGGCCUCGGGUUGAGGAGAUCUUCUCGUUGUCGGACGGUGGAAAGGCCGCUGGCGCAGUCGCAGGCAUCCUCGGCCUGGCCGCUCUCUUGAAGCCUCUGCGAAUUGCAGCCGCGAUCGCGCUGACGCCGUGGACGGCCGACAAUGUGCUGCCUUACUUUCCAUGGCUCUCGCAGUCCAAUGACAAGCAGGAGGACAGUCCAGAGCGCUGCGAUAGCAUGUUGAACGCGGUUCCUCGAAGCUCAGAGCCUCUGUUGCCGUAA